AUGACGGAUGUCAUCCGGUCUAGUAAUGCCGUACGUACGCUCGACCCGGAGCAGGCGACGCUGUUCCUCAUCCCGUUCUUCGCGGCGCGCUACACGCUGUACUGCUUCCGGUCGUGGGAGAACAACAUGCGGCAGGCGAUCGAGGAAGGUUCCAGGGUAUGGGAGAAGCUUAUAACGAGGGUGCGGAAGGAGCACCCGUACUUCAAUCGAACCAACGGACAAGAUCACUUCGGCUUUGGCACGCUCGAUCACGGCCGUUGCCACUCGCUCACGUUCGUGGACCCGCGGGUGUAUGGCGAAAUGUUCUUUGUAACCCUAAACGGCGACAAGCUGGUUCGCAGCACUCAUUCCAGCCAAGGGCGAAAUAUGCAGGUCAUUUCGUACAACUACGGCGCCAAGAUCACGGAUCCGACGGUCCCAGACAUCCCGUGCUACGUGCCGAACCACGACAUUGUCGUGCCGGCCCUGGUCGCAAAUCGGCUGCCCAUCGUUCCGCCCUUUGAAACGGAGCGUGAGAUCAAGGUGCUGUUCCGGUUCGGCGCGUCGCAGCACCACGGCGAGCCGCUGAAACACCACAACCGCGACAUUCGGAAAGAACUGAUUGAGAUGUACAAGGAGAAGGGAUGCGAGGGGUGGGACUUUGCGGAGAAGGGCGAGUAUGAGACGGACGAGGAGUGGAAGAAGAGCGUCUUCUGCAUCUGCCCGCCCGGCCACUCCCAGUGGACCAGCCGCCCCUUCAAGGCGCUCAUCUCAGGGUGCAUCCCAGUGACGUUUUUCCGAGGCCACGACAAUCCCUGGGGCGAUGAGCUGGACUACUCGACAGUAUCGGUCAACAUCGAUCCCGACCAGCUGCACACACUCAAGGAGCGGUUGGAUGCGGUUCCAAUCAAGAAGCUACAACGCAACAUCGAGCAGAUUCAGGUGAGGGAGACAGACAUCUCGGUCAACAUCGACCCCGACCAGCUGCACACGUUGAAAGAGAGGCUGGAUGAAGUUCCCAUUAAGAAGCUGCAGCGCAACAUCGAGCAGAUUCAGUUCAGGUGA